CGUCUACGUUGAGCGUGUGAGGUCACACCGUAACAGCGGUAACCGAUGUGGGCGGGGCUUGAUUACUCACUUGGUUCCGAGGACUGUAGCCAGGUGCGCUUGUAACAACCAGCCGCGUAUUAAAUCAGCCAGGUGCGCUUGUAACAACCAGCCGCGUAUUAAAUCAGCCAGGUGCGCUUGUAACAACCAGCCGCGUAUUAAAUCAGCCAGCAGCAACUCCGGCAGGGAUACGACUCGUUCUCACCCGUUGUGUGUUCAGUAAACGUAAAAUCAGCCCCGAGCGACCGCGGCGAGGCGGAACUGUCAGGACUAACAGCUAUCUGGACAUCUGGAGCCAUCAGGAAAGAAUGAGCAUAAGUGCUGCUGAUAUGCAAACUUUAUAUGAAGUGGACACCAUGCAAAAUGAAGAGGAUGAGGAUGAGGAGUCCAGAGAAUGUGGUGUUUGUGGUGAUCUGGCCAAGGGUUACCAUUUCAACGCCCUGACAUGUGAAGGCUGCAAAGGCUUCUUCAGACGGGCCAUAAAGAGGUCAGUGCAGCUCAAUUGUCCAUUCCUGAACAAAUGCACCAUAACAAAAAACAACCGCCGGUCGUGUCAAGCCUGCCGGUUCCAUAGAUGCCAGGCCAUCGGCAUGCGCAAAGAGAUGGUCAUGUCUGAAAAGGCGGUAUUGGAGAGGAGGAGCCGUAUAAAGAAGAAGAAGAUGCAGAAUGCAUUUACACAGCUUUCAUCCCAACAAGAAGAAAAAAUUCAGGAGUUGCUCUGUGGCCACCGCAGCACGUUUGACUCUUCAUUUUCCCGCUUCACUGGCUUCAGGCCAAUAGACAGAGACAUCCUGACAGAUGGUGAGCUCAACCUGUCUCACCCACUGACCAACUACCCCACAGAGCUUUCACCUGGUAAAUCCUCAGCUGACCCUACAACAUCCUUGCACACCUGCUCCUCCUCCUCCACUUCCUUUGGUUACUCUGACAACCACAAAGGCGAUGGAAACAGACGUGUUUACACAGCUCUUCCGCAUAUGGCUGACCUAACGACAUACAUGAUCAAGGACAUUAUUAGUUUUUCCAAAAGUCUUCAAGACUUCCGGUCUCUAAGCAUCGAGGACCAGAUAGCCCUGCUGAAGGGAGCCACAUUUGAAAUCAUGCUGAUUCGUUUCAACAUGGUGUUCAACUCAACAACAAAGAAAUGGGAAUGUGGCCAAAUAACAUACUGCAUAAACGAUGUUGUUCGAGCGGGUUUCCAGCUGUCCUUCAUCGAGCCCAUCUACAAAUUUCACCACACACUGCGCAAGCUGGACCUGCAGGAGGAGGAGUAUGUUAUCAUACAGGCCAUGUCCCUGUUUUCUCCAGAUCGUCCCGGAGUGCAGCAGCACGGCGUGAUUGACAGGGUUCAUGAAAACCUGGCGCUCACACUGAAAACCUGGAUUGACUGUAAGAGAACAGGCCCAGAUAAACACCUGCUGUUUCCCAAAGUGAUAGCCUGCUUUACAGAGAUGAGAACAAUAGCUGAAGAGUACAGCAAACAGAUUCUGCAGAUCCAGGACAUCCAACCCAACACAAUCUCUCCUCUUAUUAUGGAGGUGGUCAGUAACAACACUUCUUGUGACUUUUGAAGGUGCCUUAUACCACUCAUGGACAGCUCUAGAACUCUGAUAUAAUUAUUACCUCUGCAAUGGUGGAAUUCAUGUAUUCGAUGGCAUUAGUUUGUCUGUUAGCAACAUAGCUCAAAAAGUAAUGGACGGAUUUUGAUAAAACUUUCAGGAAAUCACUGCCUGGAUCCAGGAAUUUUUUUAAAAAUAUUCUUUACAGGUGCAGGGAAGGCGCAAACAUCUGGUAACAUCUGUGAAAUUUGUCACAUCUUUCGCCAAUGAAAACAAAAGGUUGCUAAAUCUUUGAUUUCUGUAUACAUUAGAUAUGUCAAAAAGUUGUGUUUUGACUGGCUGCCAUAAACAUAGUUGUUCCAAAGACGACAAGAGUUUGUUCUUCGAACUACUGAAAAGACACAAAAGCCCAGAAAAUUGUGUUAACUGGUUAGCAGCCGUCAAGCCUGUUAAUGCCGACAACCUGGGAGCCCUUUGAAACAUUCAGCAAUUUGUUCAGAUCAUUUUGUGACUGGUAGGUAAAACAUUUAUUAUAUUAUUGUUAAAACUUUUGUAGAGAUGCCAAAAUACUAUGAAAUGGCUGUUUACAGUAACAAUAACAAACAUCUGUUGGUGUUUUUUAUGAAAUUCUCGAUAGCAGCUCCUUUACACUAGCUGCGUUUACAUGGAGCACUUUUAAUCCGAUCAAACGUCCAGUCAGAAUUAAGCAUGUCAGCUGAUCCGAUCAGCCUUUAAACAUAAUUACAAUGACUUGACUUAUUGUUGAUGUUAUUUAAUAAUGAAAACUUUGAGCUGUAUGGGCCCACUUAUGUAAAUGAAAGGAUCAUUUUGCUGCCAAUUAUUGUUUAAAAAGCCUUAAAGAACAGAAGUGGGCUCAGUCCUGCUAAAAUCAUCUUUUCUCUGUACAUUACAAAGCAUCCAUGUUUAUCUUGAUAUGUGUUAAAGAAGUGGUGAAUUGUGGUGGAAAAUUAGUGGUAUGUUACUGCUUAUAUUAAGUAAAUGUGAAGUUUGAGGUUUACUUGUAAAUGUUGCACACAAUUGUGAGGCUGUUAAGUAUUUUCUCUGAAAAUGGUGGAAGGCUUAGUUGUCAAGUUAUUGUUUCCAUUUAUAUUUGUUACCUCAGGUUUUCAUGUAAAACAGAAAAGGCUCUCAUUAGAUUGUUAUGUGUGAUCAUGCUUCAUGGUCAGCAACAGGCUGUAAACACUGCCACACUGUGGUCAUAGUCGCUUACUUAGCCGAUUUACUGCCCCUGUAAAAUCCUGGAAACUAAAAUGUCAAAACUGAAUAAAUGGUUUAUUGCAAACGAAAAGUGAAGAAGCCAACAUUUUUCUGGAA